AGAGAGAGAGAAUUGGAUGAGUGAGUGAAUGAGAGAAUAAGUGAGUGGGCUGGGCCGUUCCGCGAAUGGCGUCACCUUCAAAACCACACUUGCUUCAUUGCAGUCCGUCAUUCCCCAACCCAUCCAUACCUUGCGCAGGAAGGAGACGGUUUCCAUCAUUAUAUCCUCACAGUUCCACUUCCCAUGCUCUUCAGGCUCUUUGCAGUUGCAAUACGUCCCGAGAGCUUCCACACCCCUGGACCAUCCAACAGCCCAUCAUCAUCAGCCUUCACCCCAGUCGAGCCCGUCCAAUUCCCUCCGGGCCAAUCCCGCUGCUCCAUCCACAUUUUCACACUCGCAGCUCUCCCGCUCCCAGCAACACAGCAAGCAGCAGCAGCAGCCACAGCAACUAAUACCUUACAAUCGCACAGCUCCCGGCAGCUCUUUAUUUCCAAAUUCUCCCUCGCCUCAUCUUCCCGUCCUUUUACAUCCUCACUUUUCUUACCUGACCUAAAGGAAUCCUCACUCACAUUUCACCUACGGCUGUGUCUGAGACAAGCAUCAAUCCAAUCACCUCUCACUGCUCUCCCACAUUUCACCUCAGCCACACACACACACACCCCUCCGUCUGUUCAUCCACCAUCCCGUCCUUUUGUAGGGCCUUUUCCAGAAAUUGGUACCUUGCUACAAACGAACAACGUCACCUCGCCUUCGGUUCCUCUCCCUCGCCUUGACAACGGAGAAACCUCUCAACCCAGGACAUAUCAACUUCAUCUGUUCAACCACACACCACUUCGACUCUUCCCACAUGUUCUGCCUUACGAAAAGCUGCUAGUAGCUACCCAUUUCCUCCGCCUCAACCUCGUUAACUUUUACUCAACCUCCAUCCCUUGCCAUCACUCGGCGGCCUCUUCCAAACCGGACCAUCCACCUCUCCGAGGCCUUUUCCACUUUCACACAACACAGACGGCUAGCCACUAGCCAGAUUGCCCAACAUGACGGUAUUUAUCGCAUCAUU